UCCUGCACACUCAGGCAGCUCAAGAAGAGAAGGAGACGCACAGCAGCAGAGAUCCUUCAUAUUUGAGAAGAAUAAAUCAGUUGAAGACUGAGCCUUUAGUAGAUCCUCAAAAACUGAAAAGCUUUAAGAUGAAGACAAGUGUUGCCAUCCAGUGCAUCGUUCUCCUGGCCUGCAUGGCCCUUUGCACUUCACUAGUUAUUCCAAGGUGCCGGUGUUUGAAGACCAGUAAGUCUGUAAAGAUCGCUCUCAUCGCUCAACUCAAGGUGGAUGAGCCUCGUCCACACUGCAACAGGAGAGAAGUCAUUGUCACACUGAAGGAUGGGAGUGAACAGUGUCUCGAUCCUGAGUCUAAAUUCACCAAAACGCUGCUGGAAAAACUGAAUCAGAUGAAAAAAACAGUCAUCAGCCCCCAAACAACCACAGCAUCAACCACAGUGCCAGAAUCAUCAUGAUCCCCUUUGUAUGUUUAGUGCUGGUACAAGAUCAGCGUGGAUCAAGAAGAAGGAGCAGCACAGCUCUAGUUCUCAUCACAAAAUAGAAAUGCAACUCAUCCUUCAGUUCUGAUUAAUAAGCAUAUGUAUAUAUAUUUUAUACACAUAUAUAUUUAUUUUUGUAAAGUGCUGAUGUAAGACUGAUGUAAUAAAACCAUGAUUAUUUAUAUCAGAGGUGAACUUCACGUGUAUUUUUACAAGUUUUGUUUGGGUUUUUUUGUAUUCUGAUAUGUACAACAGUGACUCCAAAGCCGACUCAAUAAACCUCUAAGUUGUUGAGUAAGUUACAUCUUUUAAAAACUGAUUACAUCUCAAAACCAUAAACAAACUCUCAAUUUUUUGUUGCAAGUAAAAUGAAACAUUGUCUUUAAAUGUGACCUCAAAAGUUUGAACUGCGUCUAGUAUAGGCUGCUUUUGUUUAUUCAUUUAUUUAAAGAUUGUAAAUCAAAAACACAUAUUGGCAGCUUCUCCAGUUUAAACAGGACUUUUCUGGCAUUACUGAAACAAGAGUGCUGCGACUUUGAUAGAGUUUAUUUCCAGCAGGAUAACACAGUGUGUGUUAUCCUGCGUGCACACCAUUAGACCGCCAGCAGCCUGAACUGUUGUUUAGGGAUCACACAAUUAUCUUUGUAGAUACUCUUUACAAAAAAGGAAAUGUUUUCUUAAUGUCAUUUUCUAUUUUGUUACCAGGUAUUACCAAUCAUGAGGUAUUCCUAACUGUUACAGUCCUGGGCCUGUGGCCCAGUGUUUUGAUUUUAUAUUAUUGUUUAGUGGUCUGUUUUCCUUUUGGUUCUUGGCUUAUGACUACUGGUGUUUUGGUUUCCGUUCUGUAUUUCUUAGCUUGUGUAUUCCUUUGCCCCUGAUGUCACUGUUAUCUGUGUUCAGUCUGUGGAUUUCCUGUGUUUCUAGUUUCGCUUCCUCUGUCUCGUUAAGUCUAAUUUCUCCCGGCUGUGUUCCCACCUGUUCCUCGUUCCCUCAUGUUCAUGCCUGUGAAUUUAUAGUGUGUGUCCUCCAGUGUUCAGAGUCGCGUCAUACCCUCAACCAGCUGUGUGUUUUGCCUCCAUGUUCCCAGUCUCUUGUCUUCAAGUUCCAAGUGUUUGUUAUUAGCUUUGUGUUUUCAGUUUAGGGAUGUUAUUAUGAGUUAUGUUUGGAGUUUCUGCCACAGCGCAAUAAAGCUGCCUCUUUCCAUUCACCGAG